AUGAAGAUUCGACGAACAGAAUGGAGGAUCAGACUAUGCAGCAUUCGUCAACAUGUUGGCAUUCCAUCCACCAACUUGAUAUUUGGAGAAGGGCCAAGAUAUCCUGUUUACCACUCUUUAUACGAUGAUUUUGUAAGGGUGGAGAAGUUCGCGGACCCUGGGUUCUCUAGGCAUGUCGCAGCUGCUAGCCGCUGCAGCAUCAACGACAACAGCGCGGCGCUCCUGGUGUUCCUCUCCUCUACUGCCUUGCAUGCUACAAUGCCACCGCCUCCUCACUAUACAGAAAGUUUGAGUGAGGAAAAAUUCCAUCUCAUGAACGAACAUGAAGAAGUUCUAAUGUGAUGGUGCUAUUCCCUGUAGUUAUUUGUUUCUCGUGAAUGCAUUUGGUUGUGGCUGAUGGAUCUCUAUCUUAAUAUAUUCUUUGCUUUAUUCUA